AGCAAUGAUUGGCUGGCUUUUGUGCACGUGCACGACGUCCUCGUCCAUAUUGUUGGUUGUCGAUUGUUGUCGAAAGUGUAAUUUUUCUUUUGUAAAUUAAAAUGACGCGGUAUUCCAGAAAAAAAGGUAAUCACGGCUAUUCAGCCAAACGAAAGCAGCUAAAGAUGAGAAAGAGGACGAGAGAUCUAGAUGAAAUAGAUGUUGAUAUGAGACCAGAAAAUGCUAAGCAAUUACUAAAUCAGAAAAUCGAUGUUGAUGUCCCAGGGUGUGCUCAGUAUUACUGUAUACACUGUGCGAGAUAUUUCAUAGACAACCAUGCUAUGAAGGAACAUUUUCGUUCAAAGGUUCAUAAGAGAAGAUUGAAAGCUUUAGAGACAGAGCCUUAUACUCAGAAAGAAGCAGAAGCAGCUGCAGGAAUAGGAAAUUAUACUGCUCCAAAGAAAAGGAAAGUUGAAACACAAGAAUUAAAGGAAUAA